AUGAGUAGUAUCGAUGAAAUAGAUAUCUAUUCUGAUUUAGCGGGUACUUCAAAUGUAUCUUUGUCAUAUGAACAAUUGGAAGAGAAACUUGAUCAAUUACAGUCAGAGUUUGAUAAACUUAAACAAGAUUCUCUAAAUUCAAAUCAAUUAUUAAAUACAACUAAACAACAGUUACAACAAACAACAGUACAAAGAGAUAAUCUUCAAAAAAUAAAUGAAAUUCUAAUGAAGAAUAUCUCAUCACUCUACAAAACAGCGUUAGCAGAGUCACAGAGAAAAGAUAGAGAAAUAGAAUCACUCAGAGAGCAACUUGCAAACAACAACAGUGCAAGAAAACAACCAUCAUUACCAAAAAUCAACAUCAAGAUAAUGAAUGGAAAGUAG